AUGGACUCGAUCCUUCAAAACGGAGAGAUGGACGAUGCACACAAACUUGUCGCAUUGGAUCUUUUGACUGCUGUGAACUCGUCCCUUUACGCUGUAAACCCCGAUUUGAUGGUAUCUUCAGUACUGAAGAUCAUGCGAUGGUCCCUCAAGUAUGGUACCAGCGAGCAUACAUGCCGUUCUCUUGGUGUCUUUGCACUCGUCGAUUUUGCGCUUGGAACUGUGAAAACUGCCCAAAAACCUUGCAAACUGGCGAUUGAAUUGGCCAAGAAGCAGAACCUGAUGGAAACCCAACAUGCUCCAAUUUCUGCGGCAUAUGGAUUCGUCCUGCCAUGGAUAGAACCAAUGUCUGGGCGUGCCAAGGAGCUCUAUCUGGGAUACCAAAUUGGCUGCGAAACAGGCGAUCUAGAGUUCGGCAUGAUGAAUAUUGCCCUCUAUGGUUUCUUCUGUUUUUCGAUUGGAAAACCCUUGUCCAAUCUCGAGGCUGACUUUGCGGACUACUCCAAGCAAAUGCAAGACUGCAAUAUGGAACUGCAACGAAACUUCCUUUGCCUGACGUGGCAGAUAGUAUUGAAUCUCUUGGGUCGCAGUGAUGAUUCAAUCUCUAUGGAUGGCGAAGCAAUGUCUGAAGACGCCAUGCUCGCUACGGCGAAGGAAGCAAAUAACCCACCACUGCGGGCUCAAUUGUAUUGUCACAAACUUCAACUUUGUGUCUACUUUGGCAAUUUUGAAUUAGGGGCGACCAUGCUUUCUGAAACAGGAAAAAUUGACUAG